AUGUACCAUCCACGAGAGUUGUACCCCUCCCUGGGUACAGGCUACCGUCUGGGACACCCCCAGCCUGGGGCCGACUCUACUUUCCCACCUGCCCUGGCAGAGGGCUACCGCUACCCUGAUUUGGAGACCUCUAAACUGGAUUGCUUCUUCUCUGGGCUUGAGGCAGCCCCCCACUCUCUGGCUGCGCCCCCUCCUCUGCCCCUUCUGCCGUCUGCUCUGGGCCCUGAGACAGCACAGCCACCUUCAGAGGCCCUUCACUCGCUUCCUGGGGUCAGCCUGAGCCUGGAGAACCAGGAACUGUGGAAAGAGUUCAGCGCUGUGGGGACAGAGAUGAUCAUCACCAAGGCUGGCAGGCGCAUGUUCCCUGCCUGCCGAGUGUCAGUCACUGGCCUGGACCCAGAGGCCCGCUACUUGUUUCUUCUGGAUGUGGUUCCAGUGGACGGAGCUCGGUACCGCUGGCAGGGCCAGCACUGGGAGCCUAGCGGCAAGGCCGAGCCCCGCCUGCCCGACCGCGUGUACAUCCACCCUGACUCCCCUGCCACAGGUGCCCACUGGAUGCGGCAACCCGUAUCCUUCCACCGCGUGAAGCUCACCAACAGCACGCUGGACCCCCACGGCCAUCUGAUCCUACACUCCAUGCACAAGUACCAGCCUCGCAUCCACCUGGUGAGGGCCGCCCAGCUUUGCAGCCAACACUGGGGGGGCGUGGCCUCCUUCCGAUUUCCCGAGACCACAUUCAUCUCUGUGACAGCCUACCAGAACCCUAGGAUCACACAGCUGAAGAUUGCAGCCAAUCCCUUUGCCAAAGGUUUCCGAGAAAAUGGCAGAAACUGUAAGAGGGAGCGAGAUGCACGUGUGAAGAGGAAACUUCGAGGCCCAGAGCCAGUGGCCACAGAGGCCUGUGGGAGUGGGGAUACACCAGGGGGUCCCUGUGACUCAACCCUGGGUGGGGACAUUCGGGACUCGGAUCCAGAGCAGGCCCCAGCUCCCCAGGAAGCUGCUUCUGCCUCAGUUCCUCCAUGUGGUGGCCCUAGUGCUGAGGCCUACCUCCUGCACCCUGCAGCUUUUCACGGGGCCCCGAGUCACCUGCCAGCCAGGAACCCCAGCUUCCCGGAGGCACCAGACCCUGGGCGCCCAGCCCCCUACUCAGCUGCAUUCCUGGAGCUACAGCCUGGACCAGGGGGCUCUGCUUAUCAGGCAGCUCCAUCUGUGCCAUCCUUUGCCCCACACUUCCUUCAAGGGGGUCCCUUCCCUCUAGCAUACCCAGGACCUGGAGGUUAUCUGGACAUGGGAUCCAAGCCAAUGUACUGAGCAUAGACGUAAG